UCAGCUGUCCUGGUGAUAUCCUCUCUCGAAACCAUCAUCGCAUCAAAGGAAGCCAAACGAUCCCAAGAGCUCAACGAAGCCACUCGUGCUGCGCUGGGUCUUUUGAAGGGUGAUUCUGCCCCGAUCGAAUCACAGAAACGUUCGACUUAUUAUCCUGAAGCGCACAUCAUCAUCAAACCGCUCAGGCUAGCAUGUCAAACCCGCACUCCAGCUCUUAUGGUUACGGCUCUGGACUGUAUUGGAAAGCUAGUGUCCUAUAGCUUCUUCAGAGUCGACAGCGGCCAGGAUCAUCACUCAGCCCAUAAGUCUGUGUCAUCAUCAGCAUCAGCUCCUCAAGAUACUCCAAACCUUGAUGUAUCUGGCAUAUCCUUGGGUGAUGAAGUCACUGGCAUUAUAUGCGAUUGUUUUGCAGACGCGUCUUGCCCAGAUGCUGUACAGCUUCAGAUUGUAAAGGCCAUUCUGGCUUUGGUGUUGGCUCCCUCUAAACAAGGUGGUGAUUGUCUCGAAGUUCAUCAAAGUAGUCUUCUCCGCGCAGUUCGAACUGUAUACAACAUAUUCUUGCUCAGUAAGAGUCCAACUAAUCAAGCUGUAGCUCAGGGUGCACUGACCCAAAUGGUUGGGCACGUCUUUGGUCGAGUGGAAACCGGAGAUGCAGCGGCUGCUCGAGUUCUUCCUCAUUUGGCUACUAAGAGGUCUCCUCCUCUAGACCACACAAGUUCUAUCGCCGAAAACCAGCACCCACAGGACAGACGUUUCUCUUCAUCGAUGCCCUCUGAAGUUGGCUCGAAAGGCGUUCAAGCCGACCAGAAUGGCUCGUCUGGAUCUUUGACCGAAAAAGAGAACUCCGAGUCUUUUGAAAAGCGCAACUCAUUUGACGGCGUUUCUGAAAAGGAUGGUAUUGGGAACGCUGGUGCCAUGAACAUUCAGGAUUAUUAUGUCAAAGAUGCAUUUUUAAUCUUCAGAGCGUUUUGUAAGCUUUCGAUGAAACCUUUAGGGGCUGAAAGUGAACGAGAUCUUAAAUCACACGCCAUGCGUUCAAAGCUUUUGUCACUCCAUCUUAUUCUGAGUAUCCUCAGUACGCAUCUUCCCAUGUUCACCGAUCCCAAUGUUAUCAUCUUUUCAUCGACAUCCCAAGAACAAACACCGUUCAUCCAAGCAAUCAAACAGUAUCUUUGUCUCAGUCUCAGUAGAAAUGCAAUUAGCUCAGUCUUGACUGUGUUCGAAUUGAGCUGUGAGAUAUUUUGGAAAGUUGUCAGCGGGAUGAGGACCAAAUUAAAAAAAGAAAUCGAAGUCCUUCUGAAUGAGAUCUUUCUGCCAAUACUCGAGAUGCGAAAUGCCACGGUGAAGCAGAAGUCAAUACUUUUGGCAGCUCUUGGUCGACUAUUUCACGAUCCGCAAGCGUUAGUGGAGAUGUACUUGAACUACGACUGUGAUCGAACGUCACUCGGUAAUAUCUACGAGCGGUUCAUGAAUAUCGUCUCGAAGCUAGCGACCACUCAAUACACUACGUCCACAACUACCUCCCAAUCAGCGGAACUGAUUGGAUCUCCCAAUGCCCCCGGCCUCGGGUCCAUGUCUUCACUUGGAGGAGGAUUAGGAAACUCGCCGGGAAUCACAGCCAUUCCACCCUCUCUCAGCACUACAUCUAUGCUGCAGGGGAUGGCUGACUCUACCUCCUACUCUCACCAGGCUGUCGAGGGCCAAUUGAAAAGGCAAAGUUUAGAAUGCUUGGUAGCAACGUUGAAGUCUCUGGUUGCUUGGGCCGGCAAGGGUGCAGUUCAAAGCGAUCCACCUCUACCUGGCCAACUUGACCUUGGCACGAGAGAAGAUCCCAAUACGAGUUCGCGAUUGUCGAGCUCUCUGUCUCGAUCUCUUCCCGAUCACGAGGAUGACUCAAUCGCAGAAGCUACUCCGCCGGUUCGGUUAAGCGGAACAGAAACUGAGCUACCUACCAACUCGGCUGUCGCAACAGUACAUGACGAUCCUACAAAAUUUGAGACAGCAAAGCAUCAAAAAACAACUCUACUUGAAGGUAUUAGGCAAUUUAACUUCAAGCCAAAACGCGGGAUCAAGUUCUUGAUCGCCAACGGAUUUAUCCGCAACUCAAAGCCUCCCGAGAUCGCACGUUUUUUACUGACUGCUGAAGGACUAAGCAAGGCUAUGAUUGGAGAAUAUCUUGGUGAAGGAGAUCCAGAGAACGUCGAAGCGAUGCACGCGUUCAUUGAUUAUAUGGACUUCAGUAACAUGAGGUUUACCGAAGCGAUGCGUAACUUCCUACAGGCGUUCCGGUUGCCUGGUGAAGCUCAAAAGAUUGAUCGUUUCAUGCUAAAGUUUGCCGAACGGUAUUUCCAGGGCAAUCCUGGGACUUUGGCUAAUGCAGAAACGGCCUACGUUUUGGCGUUCUCGAUUAUCAUGUUGAAUACGGAUGCGCACAGUCCACAAGUAAAAAAUAGGAUGACUAAACAGGAAUUCAUCCGGAAUAAUCGUGGAAUCAAUCAAGGUGCCGAUCUACCGGAGGAAUAUCUUUCAGCCGUCUAUGACGAAAUCUUAGCAGAUGAGAUCCGUAUGAAAGACGAGGUUGAUGCUGCCGUUGGAAUCCAAUAUGUGCCAAGCGGUCUUGCUGGAAGCAUAGCGACUGUUGGGCGAGAUCUUCAAAAAGAAGCAUAUGUGCUGCAGUCAGCUGGCAUGGCAAAUAAAACUGAGAUUUUGUUCCGAACACUUUUACGAGGCCAAAGACAGAGUAGCAACAGAGAAAACGAUGUGUUUUUUGAAGCGUCACAUUUCAAACACGUGCGACCGAUGUUCGAAGUUGUCUGGAUGCCGUUGCUAGCUGGUAUAUCCGAUCCACUUCAGAAUUCAGAUCAGAUGGACAUGAUUACUCUUAGCUUAACAGGGUUCAAACAAGCCAUCAAGAUUGUCUGUUUGUUUGACCUCGAGCUUGAACGUAACGCCUUUGUAACUACCUUGGCCAAGUUCACUUUCCUCAACAACUUGGGUGAGAUGAAGCCAAAGAAUGUCGAAGCAAUCAAGACCUUACUUGAUGUUGCGAUGGUCGAUGGAAACUACUUAAAAGGCUCGUGGACUGACGUGUUGGCAUGCGUCAGUCAGCUUGAGCGAUUCCAGCUCGUCUCACAAGGUGUUGAUCUUGGACAAGGACCAGAGCUAGCGCGUCGAGGGUCAACAGCCAGAUCAGGAACAAAAUUGAAGAAUAAGAAACCUUCGGAUGAAGUGACGGGAGCUGCUGGCGCCAGUCAUAUUACGCAUGCAGCCGACAUGGUUUUUUCAUCAACUCGGACUUUAUCAGGAACAGCAAUUGUAGACUUUGUCAAAGCGCUGAGUGAAGUUUCUUGGCAAGAAAUUCAGGCCGCUGGAGCUUCGGGAACUCCUCGGACAUUUUGUUUACAAAAGUUGGUGGAAAUAUCUUAUUACAACAUGGGACGUAUUCGAUUGGAAUGGUCACAGAUUUGGACUAUUUUAGGAGAACACUUCAAUCAGGUAUGUUGCCAUCCAAAUGCGAACGUCAGCUUUUUUGCAUUGGACUCUCUGCGUCAAUUGGCGAUGAGAUUCCUGGAAAAGGAAGAAUUGGCCAACUUCAAGUUCCAGAAGGACUUCCUGAGACCCUUUGAGCACACAAUGAUACACAGUAGCAAUGCGGAUGCGAAGGAUAUGGUUCUACAGUGUCUCAAUCAAAUGAUAUCGGCUAGGGUGGUAAACUUACGAUCAGGUUGGCGGACCAUGUUCGGCGUGUUCUCCGCUGCCUCCAAGUUUUUUGAAGAACGAGUAGCCACCCAAGCAUUCGAAAUUGUUCAGCGCGUAAACAAGGAACAUUUCACACAGGUCGUGGCAUAUGGCUCAUUUGCCGAUAUGACCGUCUGUAUCACCGAUUUUUGCAAAGUGGCUAAAUUCCAAAAAGUCUCCCUACAUGCGAUCGAAAUGCUCAAGCAUCUCAUUCCUGCCAUGUUAAACUGCCCGGAUUGUCCAUUAUGCCCUAGUGCGGCUGGUCGUGUAGCUGCGGAUCCAGCUUCAAUCGAUGACUCGAUGAUCAAACUGACAAACCCCAUUGUAUCUGUUUGGCAGUUCUGGUUUCCCAUACUGUUCGCAUUCUAUGAUAUCACAAUGAACGGCGAGGACCUCGAAGUUAGAAAACGGGCUCUCGACUAUCUCUUUGAUACAUUGAAGAAAUACGGAAACUCAUUCCCUGAUGCCUUUUGGGACUACAUAUCCAAAGAGGUGUUAUUCCCCAUCUUUGCUGUCUUACGGUCAAGGACUGACGUAUCAAGGUUCAGCACCCAUGAGGAUAUGAGUGUAUGGCUAUCGACUACCAUGAUACAGGCGUUGAGAAAUUUGAUUGAUCUCUACACUUUUUACUUUGAAACUUUGGGACGUCGUUUGGAUCGAUUGUUAGAUUUGCUUUGCGAAUGCAUUUGUCAAGAAAAUGACACGCUCGCUCGAAUCGGUACUUCUUGCCUCCAACAACUCUUGGAGAAGAAUGUGCGGAAACUUGACGCUGAACGCUGGGAACGAGUAGUCACCGCUUUGAUGAACUUGUUUCGUACCACCACAGCUUAUCAACUUUUUGAUAUAAACCUCCGCAUGCCGGGCGCCGAGUCGACUGAGGGGGCAGAGGCUUCACCCUCGCCAAUGCAUGAUCAGUCGCGGUUCAUUGCGCCGACGCCACUUUCACCAGCACCGGCUGAUGAGCUAGAGCGUUCUUCGAACAGCUCAGUCCCUAUGACAUCGGGUGAAAGGAAGCGAGUAUUUCGCCAAAUCAUCGUCAAAUGUGUCCUGCAACUUUUAUUGAUCGAGACAACAAACGAACUUUUGAACAACGUCGAAGUCUAUGAGCUUAUUCCACCCGCCCAGUUGUUGCGUCUCUUGAGCGAGGUAGAUAGUAGUUAUAGGUUUGCAAAGAGGUUUAACGCGGACAAAGAGUUGCGGUUGGGGCUGUGGAAAGUCGGAUUUAUGAAACAAUUGCCUAAUCUCCUCAAGCAAGAAAGUAGCAGUGCUGUAACAUUAGUACAGGUGUUGUUGCGACUUUAUGCGGAUGCUAGGCCAGACCAUCUGGCGAAGCGUACAGAGACGCUGGAAGCUUUUGUUCCACUUGGGCUCGAUGUGAUAGCCGGAUAUGUCAUGCUCGACCCAGAAACUCAGGGACGCAACGUAGCAGCAUGGACACCGGUAGUAGCUGAAGUCUUGCAUGGAUUCUGCAUCUUUGAAAGAGACACCUUUCUAUCGCAUCUCCCUUCCCUUUAUCCAUUACUUCUCGAUCUCCUCUCGCGCGAGGUACCCCCCGACAUCAGGCCCAACUUGCACAAAUGCUUUUGGCGUGUUGGACAAGAUGCUCUAGGGUAUACUCAGUCCGCUACGAACAACGAAUCACUGGUUGCUGCCUCUAGUCUUCAUUCAGCAAACAGCUCAACAGAGUAAGAUUAUCAACGACAUGAAGGUAUUUUCCGAAGGUGCAACAUUCACACCCACUUUCAACUCAAUAGAAGAUAAAUUAUUAGAUUCACUAAGCCGAUGUGACUAGCUCAACCGAUCAUUUUUCAGUUAUGUUUCUGUUCUUUUAGGAAUCCUUGAUGAAUUAAUUACAAAAGGUGAAGAGAUUUUUCCACUUACAAUGCCAUAAAGUUAUGCUGUAAAGAUCCUUGUUACUUCAAAACUAUAAUAUCUAUGGGGCUUGAAAAUUGUUCCACAUCAAGAAUAUAUGGGAAAACUCU